UCGUUUUGAAACUACAUGUGAUCUCUAUUUUGGAAGCAAACUAGAAAACCCCAGAUUCUCACGACAUGUGUUAUUCAUGUUGGACAAUUUCAUAAACCAAUUGCAUGGUUUCUGCGUUACUUAAAUGCUGUCGAUUAUCCAGCAAUCAAGUCACGUGACAUUUUUGUUACCAAUUAGCGUUUGGUGCGUGUAGUUGCAACAGGUUUGUAGGCCUAGGGUCAGAGAGGCAAUAAGAGCAGAGAAGGAGUGGUUUGUUUGAAGUUUCUUCCCUGAGCUGACGUGGAUGGACAAGAAUCUCUUUAAAACUUUUCCUGUCCCGGAUUCAAUUGCGCACAGGUUGUGUAACAGCGCAUUGUUCGUUUUGACCGGUUAAAUUAAUAGUCGUACAGUUCUACAUUAGUUGGUGUUGCGUAGUGCGCUCGUUUAUAGGAACAGCGAUGGACAAGCUUGUUGUGAUUUCACUGCUGGUCUUUGUAAUAGUCGCUGUAGAAUCUGCGUGUCCCCCCGACCAAGUGCAGUGCCCGGGCAGCUCUGAGUGUAUACGGCCACAUUGGAAAUGUGACGGGGACCAGGACUGUCCGGAUGGCAGAGACGAGGACGACUGUGGACAGAACAUGUCCACUUGUACCUCUGACAAGUUCCGCUGCUCGGAUGGAACCUGCAUCGACCUCCGCUGGAAGUGUGACGGACAGGCCGACUGCUCGGACGGAAGUGACGAGGAUCGAUGUGAUGUGAAAACUGAAUGCAAUUCUCAAGAGUUCACAUGCUCGGAUGGAACUUGUAUCCAAAUGUCCUGGAAAUGUGACCGGGACGCCGACUGUGCUGAUGGAAGUGAUGAGGAUGGAUGUGGUGGCAAUGGCGGUAAACCUGAAUGCAAUUCUCAAGAGUUCACAUGCUCGGAUGGAACUUGUAUCCAAAUGUCCUGGAAAUGUGACGGGGACGCCGACUGUGCUGAUGGAAGUGAUGAAAGUGGAUGUGGUGGCAAUGUCGUUAAACCUGAAUGCAGUUCUCAAGAGUUCACAUGCUCGGAUGGAACUUGUGUCCACAUGUCCUGGAAAUGUGACGGGGACGCCGACUGUGCUGAUGGAAGUGAUGAGGAUGGAUGUAAUGUUACAGUUAAGCCUCAAUGUACCUCUGGACAAUUCAACUGCUCGGACGGAACUUGUAUCAGCCUCAGUGAGAAAUGUGACGGGGACGUAGACUGUCCAGAUGGAAGUGAUGAGAGUGGAUGUGAUGAAGUUCAAGUCCAGUGUACCUCUGGACAAUUCAACUGCUCGGACGGAACUUGUAUCAACCUCAGUGAGAAAUGUGACGGGGACGUAGACUGUCCAGAUGGAAGUGAUGAGAGUGGAUGUGACGUCAAGUGUACCUCGGAAGACUUCACCUGCUCGGAUGGAACUUGCAUCCCCCUCAUAUGGGUAUGUGACGGGGCUCGCGAGUGUUCCGAUGGUGGCGAUGAGCGGAAUUGUCCUGUUCAAGUCCCAUGUACCCCCGGACAAUUCAACUGCUCGGACGGAACUUGUAUCAAUCUCAGUGAGAAAUGUGACGGGGACGUAGACUGUCCAGAUGGAAGUGAUGAGAGUGGAUGUGAAGCGAAACCCCAGUGUAGCUUUCAACAAUUCCAAUGCUCGGAUGGAACUUGUAUCCAAAUGUCCUGGAAAUGUGACGGGGACGCUGACUGUACUGAUGGAAGUGAUGAGAGUAGAUGUGAUGUCAAGUGUACCUCUGAACACUUCAACUGCUCGGAUGGAACUUGCAUCCCCCUCAUAUGGGUAUGUGACGGGGCAUACGAGUGUUCCGAUGGUGGCGAUGAGCGGAAUUGUCCUGGUAAACCUCAAUGUACCUCUGAACAAUUCAACUGCUCGGACGGAACUUGUACCCCGCUCAAGUGGCGGUGUGACAAGGAAAAGGACUGUCCAGAUGGAAGUGAUGAGAUUGGAUGUGAUGUUCAAGUCCAGUGUACCUCUGGACAAUUCAACUGCUCGGACGGAACUUGUAUCAACCUCAGAGAGAAAUGUGACGGGGACGUAGACUGUCCAGAUGGAAGUGAUGAGAGUGGAUGUGAAGGUAUGCCGUUGUAUUUGUAUAUCUCAAGUUGUGUUCUUUAA